GUUGCAUGAUGGCGUGCGCGUGCUGCGCUGCUCUCCUAGUCCUAGGGGUUGGGUCGUUCGUGGGCAGUUGGGGUUUGGGUGUUUGGGGUUUUUGAGACCAAGCGGGUGCGCGGCGCCGUUUGUGUGGCGCUUGAUAGCCGACGCCCAACUCGCGUGCUCUGCAAAAGAUUCCGGGCUCCUUGCUCGCGUAGUGGUUGAUGCGUCCCCGCAGCAUGAUUUUUCCUUGUUUUUUUGUCUCUGCCAAAACAAAACAAAAAGGAACGGGGGCUCAUGCGCAUUAAAUUCCCUCUCGUCGCCAAGCUAUUUUCUGCUUCUUUGAAAAAUGCCUUUUCUGGCAAAUUGGUCUUCGCUUCUGCAGGGCCCGCAAGGGAGGGAUAAUCAUGGGCACUAAAAACUUGCGUGCUUCCAAUUUGUGUGCUCUGUUCUGUUCACUUGCUUUCUUCAAUUUGUGUGGAAAUGCCUACUUAAGCCAGGGAAUGAUUUUAAUCAUGUCAAUUAAGCGAUGGUCUUUGUAUUGUGUGCUUUGGGGGUUGAUUCGAAGCAGGAACCUGCUUUUGGCUGUGAUCUUGAAGUAUUUUGUACCUGAUCUUGCUAUGCGUGGAAUCGGAUAAUCAUCUUUAGUUGCAUGACAAGGGCAUUAUUCAUGGCCUUGGUGCUGUAUUCGGUUAUUUUGUUGUAUCUUAGUUUUAACGAUUUGGAGGUAUAUGGUGAUAUUAUGUUGAAGCUUGUGCUUAGUUAUGUAUUUGGCAAUAGUGUGUGUAUGAUAUUUUGGCCUUUGGGUCUUUGUCUGCCAGGUCUUGGAGGGGUUGUGGUUUGCCUGUAUCAUCUGCAUUCCUUGAGGAAUGCAAUAUGGAAUCAUUGUGUUACUUGGAGGCGAAGAAAUGCGUGGAAGGGAUUGAUUUGAAUGAACCACCACACAGAAACCGAGGUGUCGGGUUGAGCCAUGUACUGCUGCAAAAGGAUUGUAAGAACAUAUGCCGCACAAAAGCUUGUGAUGUUUCAAUAGAAUUGCCCUCUCUUUGGUCAAUUAGUAAUUUCGUGUCAAGUAAGGUAUACGAGCUGAAUAAUUUCCUGAAAUUUUCGCUGUAUCCUGAUCCGGAAGAUGCUCGCCAGAGUAGUGAAUGGGGAAAGUUUAUACAUUUCCUUUGGCACAAUAAGAGGGCCGGUAUUGUUAGACAUGGGUCCUUCACCUUUCACAUUCUUCCUGCUCAAUCUGAAGAACGCCCUAACUACUCACAUGCUGUGAUCUUGUAUGAGACUGAACGAAAAGAUCCUGUAAUCUGCAAAAGGAGGACCGGAAUAUCCGAGAAAUCCAACAAAAGCGAGGAGAUCUGUGAUAGUGUACCCAAUCCAAGAGUGCUGAAUGCUUCACAUAUACACCAUGAUCCAGAAUCCUCACCAUGUGAAUCUGUUGAAGAUGGUAAUAGAAUUUCAGAUUCAUUAGUGAAAAGGGGAACAUCUACUCUUAGAAAAAAUUUCGUCAGCACAGACCCUACUUAUCUCCGAACACUCAGUCAGACACAUGCUGGCUGGAUCUUUGGAGCAAUAGCAGAGCUCAUUGACAACUCCAGAGAUGCUGGUGCAUCCAGGUUGGAUAUUUUCAUCCAAACUAUGUUUUCGAAGAAAGCAGCAGGCAAAGUUCCUGUUUUAUCUGUGAUUGAUGAUGGGCGUGGCAUGGCUUACCCUGAAAUGAUGAGAAUGAUCUCAUUUGGUCAUAAACGACCAAAUGAACAUUGCAAUGAGCAGAUUGGGAGGUUUGGAAUUGGAUUUAAGACUGGUGCAAUGAAACUUGGGAAAGAUGCAAUUGUGCUUACCCAAACUUCAACUUCCAGAUCAGUGUCCUUUCUAUCCCAGUCUUUUAAUGAAAAUAAAGAUAAUCUUGAGAUCCCUGUGGUGACCUAUCGGAAGGAAGGACAAUACAUGGAAGUUGAUUUGAGUGUCCAGUCUGAAGCUACUGCAAAAUAUAACCUAAAUGCUAUCAAGGAAUUCUCUCCCUUUAAUGAGUAUUUCAUCGGAGAAAAGCUAGGUUUAUUUGGUGAAGAGGGUACUGGAACACAGAUUUAUAUAUGGAAUUUAGAUAGGUGGGGUAAAGACUACACCUUGGACUGGAAUUCAGGGAGGACUGAUGAAAACCCCACUGACAAAGGUCAUGGAGACAUAUUAAUCCGGUCAAAAAGAGUCAGAUCACGUCUAGGACAAACAAGUAAACAGGUCCCAUUGGACUAUUCACUUCACUCUUACCUGGAAGUUAUCUUCCGGAAUCCUCGAAUGAAAAUCACAGUGCAAGGGUCUAAGGUCAAAGCGCGUCCUUUGGACAAGAGCCUUAACACGACUUCAGUGAUUUCUGGUGACAUUGCGGGAAGGACCAUUGAGUUGACUAUUGGAAUGAGCAAAGUAGAAUGGGAAAGAACGAACUGUGGGGUUUUCUUGUAUUGGCGUGGUCGACUAAUAGAGUCUUACAAACGUGUUGGAGGUCAAAUGCAUAAUGCUGACACGGGACGUGGAGUAAUAGGAGUUGCAGAUAUUACAGAACUCGUUGAUGAUGAAGAUGGCAAUUCAUGGGUUCUUAACAGCAAACAAGGUUUUCAAGAUUGUGAAAUGUAUGCUGAGCUGGAGGAAUGGCUGGGUAGCAGUAUGGAUGAAUACUGGGAAACAAAUUUUGACAAUGUAGAAUUGGGAAAAGCGGCCGGCCGCUGCAAGCCUGAUCAUGAAUGGGUUCAGUGUUAUGGCUGUCGUAAAUGGAGAGUGUUGACUGCCGGCUUUGAUACGGAAUCUCUACCAGAUCAAUGGUUUUGCUUGAUGCCACCCUUCAAUGGGAAAUGUAUGAUACCAGAGCAACAAAUGGGCCAAGGUACCAUAACCAUAGGCGAGAAAAGGUCCGGUAAUGUUGGCCGCAUUAGGAUUACCCAGCGGGAAGCUACAGCUAAGGUUGAUACAAACAAAACAGGGAACAAUGAGUUCAGUCAGGAUGAAGACGUGAAGAAUGUAAAGCUAAUCCCAACAAUCGUCAACAAGCGAAAGAAUACUUCCAACGGCACGAACAGCAUCGAAGAUGAUUUGGACAGCAAUUCCUCGCAAACUGAGUCUGUUGCUCCUCGCCAUGUUUUGAAGAGGAUACGAAGGGGUGCCGCAAGAAGUUGCAAGACGUGAUGAUGAAUAACAAUGCACGGCAGCAAAGUUUCCUUCUUGGAACUGUUCCUGGGGUGCUGCAGCAGUUAGAUCAUGAUCGUUAGGCUCAAACAAACUCCAAUAGUUAACCAAAUUCGUUUCUGUUGAUAGCUUCCGUGGCGGUGAAACUAGUAUGUCGGCCAAAUGUGGAGAAGUGGGAUCGAAGCUAACCAAAUGUGUGUGUAACUACUAACUAGUGUCUGUCGGUUUUGCCUUGGUAUGCUACAACUCCCGUUGCAUUAAUGGUUGUGCAAGUGUAUUCACACAGUGGGCUAAGUCGGUGGUUUGGUAUAUCGUCCGAAAAGCUACAGAGAGUGAUGUCUCUACAACUGCAACAGUCAUGAGUGAAUUCUGAACUUAAAAGUUUUUGUGUUC